AUGGAUAGGAGGGGAGGGGAAGAGGGAAGGGGUGGAGGAGGGAGGGGACGGGGUGGGAACACAGAGAUUUGGAAGAGGGAAGGGGGUGGAGAAGGGAGGGGACGGGGCGGGGACACAGAGAUUGGGGGAGGGGACGAGUUGGAGACGCAGAGAUUAGGAGAGGAUGAGAGGACGGGGAAGGGACGCAGAGAUUGUGGAGGGGAGGGAACGCAGAGAUUGGGACGCAGAGAUGGGGGGAGGGGAGGGGACGCAGAGAUGGGGAGGAGAGGAGGGGAUGCAGAGAUUGGGAGGAGGGGAGGGGGAUGGAGGAGGGAGAGGACGAGAAGGGGACAAAGAGAUUGGGAGAAGGCGGGAUGGAGGAGGGAGAGGACGGGGUGGGGACACAGAGAUGAGGAAGAGGGGAUGGGGUGGAGGAGGGAAAAGACGGGGAGGGGCCGAAGAGAUAGGGAGAAGGGGAGCGGGGUGAAGGAAGGAGAGGACGGGGAGGGGACGAAGAGAUGGGGGGAGGGGACGGGGAGGGGACGGGGAGGGGACGCAGUGAGUAGGGAAGGGGGAGAGGACGGGGAGGGGACAAAGAGAUGGGGAGGAGGGGAGGGAGUGGAGGAGGGAGAGGACGGGGUGUGGACGCAGAGAUGA